AUGGGGGACCUGCCGGGUCUCGUGCGCCUCUCCAUCGCGCUGCGCAUCCAGCCCAACGACGGCCCGGUCUUCUUCAAGGUGGACGGGCAGCGCUUCGGCCAGAACCGCACCAUCAAGCUGCUCACCGGCUCCUCCUACAAGGUGGAGGUGAAGAUUAAGCCCACCACGCUGCAGGUCGAGAACAUUUCCAUUGGUGGUGUGCUUGUCCCAUUGGAGCUGAAGUCUAAAGAGCCUGAUGGUGACCGAAUUGUUUACACGGGCACAUAUGACACGGAAGGUGUGGCCCCAACCAAGAGUGGAGAACGGCAACCCAUCCAGAUCACAAUGCCGUUCACUGACAUUGGGACCUUCGAGACAGUGUGGCAAGUCAAGUUCUACAAUUACCACAAGCGAGAUCACUGCCAAUGGGGAAGCCCCUUCUCUGUCAUUGAAUACGAAUGCAAGCCCAAUGAGACACGUAGCCUCAUGUGGGUGAACAAGGAGUCCUUCCUCUGA